CGAGACCGAUCACCGCAGCCGCCCACAGGCCGCAUGUCAACGCUGACGGUUAACACCGGCCGUGGCGCAAGCCUGUCGCUCGCCUCGGCACCGGCUUCUCCGCUGCUUGAAUCAUACCAUGGCACAUACCAGAACUGCUCGCCCAUGCCCUCGCCUCUCCUGCUUGCGUCCAAGCAUCCGUCGGAGCUUCCGAGAGUCGUGGAUGCCCUUUCACCCGUCUCGGAUGGUGAAGACGGCACCAGGCUCAAUCGACGGGCUCGCUUCCACGAUGCCGAGGACAUUGCGUCUCGCCUUGCGCGAGCGCUAAAGGGCACUCACAAGCCCGACGUUGCGCCGUUCAUCGAAAUCCUCCCCAGCCUGUCGCACGAGCAGGUCAUGGAGCUCCGUUCCGAGUACAAGCACAUUGUAAAGACGGGCACGGACCGCAAGGGCGUCAACAUCGCCAAGCACAUUCGCGCCCGCUUCAAGGACGAAGAUCCACUUCUCAUGAAGGCGUGCUACGCCGUUGCUCUUGGCAAAUGGGAGAGCGAGGCCUACUGGGCCAACUUCUGGUACCAAGGCGACAAGACCCGGCGCGAGCUGCUCAUUGAGUCGCUCAUGGGGCGGACAAACGAAGAGAUCCGCCGCAUCAAGGACUCCUUUUCCGACAAAAAGUACGACAACAGCCUGACCAAGUGCAUGAAGACGGAGCUGAAGGAGGACAAGUUCAAAAAGGCCGUCUUGAUGGUCCUGGAUGAGCGUCGUAUGGAGGAAUACGACUACGAGGGCCGCAGACUGCCUCUCGACUAUAAGCUCAUUGAUCAGGAUGUCGAAGACCUGCACAAGGCGGUCAAAUCCGAAAAGGGUGGAGAGACGAUGAUGAUCUCCAUUGUCGUCCAGCGAAGCGAUGGCCAUCUGCGUGCUGUCCUCAAGGAGUACGAACACCAAUACCGGAGCAACUUUGCUCGUGAUGCGCUCAAGAAGAGCGGCAACCUUGUGGGCGAACUCCUCGCACAUAUCCUCAACGGCAUCAUCAACCGCCCCGUCCGAGACGCCCUGCUCCUGCAACACGCUAUCACCGCCUCGCGCAAGGACUCGCUCCGCCGAGAGCUGCUCAUCUCGCGCCUCGUCCGCUUCCACUGGGACUCGUUCCACAUGCAGGACGUCAAGAGGGCCUACCGCGAGCGCUAUGGCCAGGACUUGCAGGAUGCCGUGCGUGAAGCCACGAGUGGUGAGUGGGGGCUGUUUUGCCGCGAGCUGUGCAUUGCGCGGAUGCCCAAUGAGAUACGAAGAAUGGAG